GAAAAGUGGAGCGAACCAUAUCACAUAAUUCACCCAAAAACGGAUUAAUGGAUCUGGAGCCCAGAAUCCACAUGAAGAAGCCUCAUGUGGUGCUCAUACCAUUUCCUGCACAAAGCCAUAUCAAGUGCAUGCUCAAACUAGCCAGGCUCCUGCACCAUAAGGGCCUCUAUGUAACCUUCAUCAACACCCACACUAACCAUAAGCGACUCGUGGACUCCGGUGGGCUCGAGGAGGCUCCUGGUUUUUGGUACAAAACGGUUCCUGAUGGGCUCGGUUCUGCUACACAAGAGGGUGCCAAAGCUAUUGAAGUCAUCCAUGAAGUCAUGGCCUACCUUACAACCAAUUUCUUUGAUUGUUUUCUUGAUGUUGUAUCCGGGCUUGAGAAUCCGGUUACUUGUAUCAUUUGUGAUGGUUUCAUGACUUUCACCAACACCAUUGAUGCUGCUGAGAAGCUUAAGAUUCCAAUCAUGCUUUGCUGGACCAUGGCUGCAUGUGGAUUCAUGGGUUUUUACCAAGCUAAAGUUCUGACAGAGAAACAUAUCAUCCCACUUAAAGAUGAAAGUUAUUUGAGGAAUGGGUAUCUUGACAUGGAAAUAGAUUGGAUUCCUGGAAUGAAAGGAAUCCGCUUGAAGGAUCUGCCUGAGUUUGUACAAGCCACAAAACAUGAUGACUUUGCAUUUAGUUACCUCCUGGAAAUCGCUCAAGUGGCCGAUAAGGUCUCGCAUACGAUCAUCCAUACUUUCGAGGAACUAGAGGCUAGUAUCGUCAAUGAGAUUAGAUCCAUGUAUCCUAAUGUCUACUCCAUUGGGCCUCUUCAGCUGCUUUUGAACCAGAUUACAAAAACAGAAACUAAUAUUUGCUAUAGCUUAAGGAAGGAGGAACCCGAAUGUGUCCAGUGGCUAAAGUCAAAGGAACCGAAUUCUGUUGUGUAUGUCAACUUUGGAAGUUUGGCAGUAAUGUCUGUACAAGAGCUGUUAGAAUUUGGAUGGGGACUUGUUAACAGUAACCAUUAUUUUCUUUGGAUUAUACGGACGGAUUUGGUUGAUGGGAAGCGUUCGGUUUUACCCCAAGAACUUGAGGAGGCGAUAAACAAGAAAGGGUUUAUAGGAAGCUGGUGUUCACAGGAAAAGGUGUUGAAUCACCCGGCGGUUGGUGGGUUCUUGACUCACUGUGGUUGGGGUUCGAUCAUUGAGAGCUUGUCGGCUGGGGUGCCUAUGUUAUGUUGGCCAUCUAUCGGUGAUCAACGAACUAACUGUAGACAAAUGUGCAAGGAAUGGGAGGUUGGUAUGGAGAUCUCGAGGAAUGUGAAAAGGGAUGAAGUGGAGAAGCUUGUGCGGGCGCUGAUGGAGGGAUUAGAGGGUGAAAGAAUGAGGAAGAAAGCUUUGGAGUGGAAGAAAAUGGCGGAAAUAGCGACCGAUGUUAAUGGGUCGUCUCGUUUGGAUACGGAUAAUCUUGCUAAUGAAAUCAUCAAGUUAUCAUGAAACUAGAUAUUUUAGUAGACUUAGUUAUGAUGUAUCAACUAAGGAGUUAUUUGUAUGUUUCCACUUUAAAGUAUCAAAAUUAUAGGCCCUCACUAUUUGCACACUUUGG